GCUAAGAUGGCGGUGGGAGUCACGGGCUGCGUGAGACGCUUUCUUUGGGUGCCCCGCGGCUGGCAUUGCAGCUCUUUCCGACUUCGCUCGACUGCCUCCUUGUCCUCCGCGCACGUGCGCCAGAUGUUCCUCCAGUUCUUCCAGGAGCGGCACGGGCAUCAAGUCGUGCCCUCGGCUUCUGUAAGGCCGCGAGACGAUCCCGGGCUGCUAUUCGUGAACGCGGGCAUGAACCAGUUCAAACCCAUCUUCCUGGGCACAGCAGAUCCUCGAAGUGAGCUAAAACAUUACCGGCGAGUUGUGAACACCCAAAAGUGUGUGCGGGCAGGUGGAAAGCACAAUGAUUUGGAGGAUGUGGGUCGAGACGUUUAUCAUCAUACUUUCUUUGAAAUGCUGGGGAACUGGUCAUUUGGUGAUUAUUUCAAAGAGGAAGCAUGUAGGAUGGCGUGGGAGCUCCUGACACAAGUCUAUGAAAUUCCAAAGGACCAACUUUAUGUCACUUAUUUUGGAGGUGAUACCUCACUUAGUCUAACUGCUGAUGAAGAGAGUAGGGAUAUAUGGCUUACACUUGGUGUGCCCCCUAGCCAUGUUCUUCCUUUUCAUCUGAAAGAUAACUUCUGGGAGAUGGGUGACACUGGUCCCUGUGGGCCCUGCACAGAAAUCCAUUAUGAUCAUAUAGGUGGUGGAAGGAAUGUGGCAGCGCUAGUGAAUCAGGGCAGCCCUGAUGUAGUGGAGAUCUGGAACCUCGUUUUCAUACAGUACAACAGAGAGGUCAGUGGGAGCUUGCGCCAUCUACCUCAGCAUCAUGUGGACACAGGAAUGGGCCUAGAAAGGUUGAUGACAGUUCUUCAGAACAAACGGUCCAAUUAUGACACUGACCUCUUCACUCCAAUCCUGGAUGCCAUCCAUAAGGGCUGCGGUGGACCUGGUUACCAGGGCUUGGUUGGUGAGACUGACCCAGGGGGAGUGAACAUGGCAUACAGAGUGGUGGCAGAUCAUGUGCGCGCCUUGUCUGUGUGCAUUGCCGAUGGGGUUUUCCCAGGCAUGGCUGGUGCUGAGCUUGUUUUGCGUCAUAUAUUGCGCAGAGCUGUACGAUUUUCUUCUGAGGUUCUCCAUGCUCCACCUGGGUUCUUGGCCAGUUUGGUUCCUGUUGUGGUAGAAAUUUUGGGAGAUGCUUAUCCAGAACUAAGGAGGGAUCCAGACAAGAUUAUGAAUAUCAUCAAUGAAAAUGAGGCAGCAUUUUUCUCUUCCCUCUUGCAAGGCCGCCGAGUUAUAAACCGAACUCUCCAGAAAUUGAAUAAUUCCAAAGUCUUCCCAGGCGAGGUAGCUUGGUCCCUCUAUAGAAAUUUGGGGUUCCCCCUGGAUCUCAUUAAAUUGAUGAUUGAAGAGAGUGGAGCACAGCUAGAUGUUGCUACUUUUGAUCAUCUGGCUCAGGAACAUGCUGAACACAAUGCUAAGUUGCAGCAGCAACAGCAGCCACAGAGUGCUGGGAUGCGGCUGGAUGUGCUUUCAUUGGCCCAGUUGCAGCAGCAGAAUGUGCCUAUUACUGAUGAUUCCCCCAAGUAUGACUAUAAACUUGGACAAGAUGGGAAAUAUGUGUUCAAGCCAUGUCAAGCCACAGUCCUGGCACUCUAUAGAGAUUGGAGUCUCCAAGAGGAAGUUUCUGGAAAAAAAACCUGUGGGGUCCUGCUAGACAGAACUUGCUUCUAUGCUGAGCAGGGUGGUCAGGCAUCUGAUCAAGGCUAUAUGGUGUGUGGCAGGCAGCAGGAUGUACUUCUCCCUGUCGAAUCAGUACAAGUAUUUGGUGGCUAUGUAAUCCAUGAAGUCUUCGUUUCAGAAACUCUGAAGGUUGGGGACCAAGUACACCUCUUUGUGGACGAGGCCCAGAGGCUAGCCUCCAUGAGGAACCACACAGCUACCCAUUUGUUAAACUUUGCACUUCGCCAAGUCUUGGGAGACUGCACAGAACAGCGGGGAUCCAGUGUGACUGCUGAGCAACUGAGAUUUUUUGUCAACACCAAGGUCCCCAUAAAAACAGAGGAUCUGCAAGAGGUAGAGGGUAUGAUCCAGGAGAUGAUCAAAAGGAAUGAAACUGUCUACACAGGAGAAGUCCCCAUCAGUCUGACUAGUGAUGUUCUAGGCCUCCGGAAACUGGAUACGGUGUAUCCCAAGCUGGUUCGUGUGGUGUCGGUAGGUGUCCCAGUUGAAAAGCUCUUGGCUGAACGUUCUAAGUAUGCAAUGGGUACCUCUGUGGAACUGUGCUGCGGAGUACACCUUCUGCAAACAGGAGAUAUACAAGACUUCACCAUCAUCUCAGAGCGGCAGAUGAUUAAAGGAAUCAGCCAUAUUGUUGCAGUGACAGGAGAGCAAGCCAGACAAGCUCGGGAUAUUGGCCAGUUCUUGGCUAAAGAGGUGGAUUCACUUGCUACCCGAGUGAAAUUGGGAGGAGCCUCAGUUAAUGAAGCGUGGCGAAUCUCCAAGGAAGUUGGACAGCUGACUGAUAGGGUGGACACUACCAAAAUGACCCAGUGGCAGAAAAGGAAACUGCAGGCUACUCUCAAAACACUGCAGCAAGCAGCCAAUAAUGCCCAUAGAAAAAUGGAAAUCAGACUGGCUGCAGAGAAGGUGCAAGACUUGCUGACAAAGUAUUCCAGUGAAUCAGUCAUCAUUGAUACUGUUCCUGCUGAGUCACCCUCUAUCUUGAUGAAAGCGGUCAAUCAACUGUGUAACAAAGUGCCAGGGGCUUCAGUGAUGUUGCUUAGCUCACAAGCACCUGGCCAGGUGUUUUGCGCUUGCCAGGUAUCCAAGAGUUCUUUAUCAAAGGUUUCUGCAGCUGACUGGGCUCUCGCUGUCUGUACUCAAAUGGGAGGCAAAGCAGAUGGUACUGGAGUUGUAGCUAAAGGCAUGGCGAAGACCGAUGAUUUGCAGAUGGUGCUGGCAGCAGCACGGGAAUAUGCAAAGAAUGUAUUUUGAUGCUCAUUUGUGAGGAAUCUGGAUAUUCACUUGAAUGACUGUGAAUCCUAAUGAACUCUGUACAUGAUGUCCUGCAACACUGUUGAUUCGUCUGGAUUACUGGACUGAUAGAAUGAGCUGCUUGGGCCUUGGCUAGCCGAUGUAUACAAAGUACGAACUUUCAUGAAAUAUAAUUUGCACUUAAGGUUCAGAAGAACAGAGAUAGUCCUUUGACCAGCCACAUGAGCACAAGGGAAGUUAACAUACAGGCAAAUAUAAUCAACCGCUCAGCGUAGUUGCUAAGAAAAAAAUAACUACAAUGUUGACAAUAAAGGACAUAAGUUUGUUGGCUACAA